GCUGGCGUGAAGUGGUAGCGCCCGCUCCGGGAACCUGAAGGAGACUUGGAGGCAUCUGGGCCGCGCUGCUUGGGUCGUUGGGAGUCGCCGCUGCCGCCGCUGCCGCCACUGCCCGCACUCCAUGAGGAAGAUGCUCGCCGCCGUCUCCCGCGUGUUGUCGGGCGUCGCCCAGAAGCCGGCAAGCAGAGUGCUGGUGGCAUCCCGUAAUUUUGCAAAUGAUGCUACAUUUGAAAUUAAGAAAUGUGAUCUUCACCGGCUGGAAGAGGGCCCUCCUGUCACUACGGUGCUCACCAGGGAGGAUGGGCUCAAAUACUACAGGAUGAUGCAGACUGUUCGUCGAAUGGAGUUAAAAGCAGAUCAGCUAUAUAAACAGAAAAUUAUCCGUGGUUUCUGUCACUUGUGUGACGGUCAGGAAGCUUGUUGUGUGGGCCUGGAGGCCGGCAUAAACCCCACAGACCAUCUGAUCACAGCAUAUCGGGCUCACGGCUUUACGUUUACUCGUGGGCUUUCUGUCCGAGCAAUUCUCGCAGAGCUUACAGGACGAAGAGGAGGUUGUGCUAAAGGAAAAGGAGGAUCGAUGCAUAUGUACGCCAAGAACUUCUACGGGGGCAAUGGCAUCGUGGGAGCUCAGGUGCCCCUGGGAGCUGGGAUUGCUCUGGCCUGUAAGUAUAACGGAAAAGAUGAAAUCUGUUUGACUUUGUAUGGUGAUGGCGCUGCUAAUCAGGGUCAGAUAUUCGAAGCUUACAAUAUGGCGGCUUUGUGGAAAUUGCCUUGUAUUUUCAUCUGUGAGAAUAACCGCUAUGGGAUGGGAACAUCUGUGGAGAGAGCAGCAGCCAGCACUGAUUACUACAAGAGAGGCGACUUCAUUCCUGGGCUGAGGGUAGAUGGAAUGGAUAUCCUGUGUGUCCGGGAGGCCACAAGGUUUGCAGCUGCCUAUUGUAGAUCUGGAAAGGGGCCCAUACUGAUGGAGCUGCAGACUUACCGUUACCAUGGGCACAGCAUGAGUGAUCCUGGAGUCAGUUACCGUACACGAGAAGAAAUUCAGGAAGUUAGAAGUAAGAGUGACCCUAUCAUGCUUCUCAAGGAUAGGAUGGUGAACAGCAAUCUGGCCAGUGUUGAAGAACUAAAGGAAAUUGAUGUUGACGUGAGAAAAGAAAUUGAGGAUGCUGCCCAGUUUGCUACAGCUGACCCUGAACCACCUUUGGAAGAACUCGGCUAUCACAUCUACUGCAGCGAUCCGCCUUUUGAAGUCCGGGGUGCAAGCCAGUGGAUCAAGUUUAAGUCCAUCAGUUAAUGCGAGAUGGUACACCUUCAGUGGGGCUAUUCGGCAGCAACUGUAAGGAAUGCUUUGGGUUCUCAACUUUGUUAAGGAGGAAAAAAAACCCAUAGAAAGAAAGUGUAGAUUUAGAUAGAUAGAUAGUAUAAUUGCAUGUGGUUUGUACAGUGUUGCAUUAAAAGGUACAACGUCUUUUAAUGUUAUAUCUUAAGGAUAGUAUGGAUCUUAUUAUAAAGGUUAUUUUAGUUAUGUACGUCUAAAAUAGGUAAUAAGAGUUUGCUUGACCCUCCUUCAAAUUACUUCUUUAAAAUAGUUCUAUUUGGUUUAGUUGUAUACUAGUUUAACAAAUACUUUUUUAGUUACUAAAAGGAGAAACAAUUCCUUAUAUGCCUGUCCAACUCUGCCACCUUUUUGUGGGGCGAUCAUUGUCCUGUCCCUCCCAGUGCCCAGCAGCUUACCUGGUGUACCCUAACGUGCACACACGCCCCCAUUUGUGUGCACGUCGGUGCUGAAGCCUGUUCACACUGAACCAUCAUUUCUCCUUAAUAAAACACAAUAUUUAUUAUAACCAGGCAGGGGUGGAAGGACAAUUCGAUUUUUAAAUAAGACUACUUCAUUUUAGAGGCCAAAUAAAUAAGUUACUCCUUAAUAAAACACAAUAUUUAUUAUAACCAGGCAGGGGUGGAAGGACAAUUCGAUUUUUAAAUAAGACUACUUCAUUUUAGAGGCCAAAUAAAUAAGUUAGUUUUCUCCAUUUAUACAUUAUCAAUAUGAAGCUAUUUUCUUAAUAGUUUUCUAUUUACAGUCAUAUCAAACAUUAAUACAAGGCAUAUUCUUAGCAAUUUUAUCUUUUUUGAAUUUUAAGUGCAAUUCCAGUUAAUAGUAAUGUAUGGAAUGCGUGAUCUAAAACAGUGAUUCCCAGCCUUUUUGUUAUUUUAAACACCUGUUGUUUCACCUUUCCAGCAGAUAUUUUUCCAAAUGAAAAUUCAUUUUUAAGGAUUCCCUAAUACUCUGGGAUGUCAAGACCAGGUUUUACAAUCACUGUUGUCACAAUACAUACAAGUUCUACUCACCUUGAAAACAUGUUGAUAAAUAAAAGGUUAAAAUUUUUUCCAUAA